AUGGACUGGGAGAGAGGUUUAUGGAAUGCAGCUUUCAGUGGUGAUGAGGAAAAAGUAAAAUUGUUGAUAAAUAAAGCAAAAAAUGCCAAUGAGUUUGUAAACACUGGUGAUAAUGCUGGCUACAGUCCAUUACAUUAUGCAGCUCGUAAUGGUCAUGUCAACAUUUGUACUGUAUUGUUAAAAUUUGGAGCAAAAAUUGAUGCUGAAACUAGAUGUGGAAAAGCUACACCUCUGCAUAAAGCUGCAGCAGCAGGAAAAUCAAAUACAGUGCAAUACCUCUUAAGUUGUGGAGCUAAAGUUGACAAGCAAGAUAUUGAUGGACAAACUGCACUUCAUAAAGCCAUUCAAAACAAAAGAAACGAUAUAGCCCAUAUUCUUAUUGAAGCUUGUCCUCAUAUUAACAGUAUAAAGGAUUUUAAGGGAAAUCUAGCAAAUGACCUCUCU